GGGCGGACGAUUCGCGUAAACACUUAAAAAUAAGAUAAAAUAUAAUCCCGCAAUAUAGGUUUGGGUGCGUUCAUGAUAAUCACAAAUCCAUAACCGGUGAAGUUUGGUAGUGUGUCGACGUGUGUGCUUAAAUAAAGAUGGCCGUCGUUAUCAAUAAAGGUAUUUUCAUAGUAGCGGCUAAGCGCACACCAUUCGGUAGAUUUGGAGGUGCCUUCAAGGAGGUGUACCCAUCAGACCUGCUGGCUGCAGCGGCUAAGGAUGCUCUCAAAUCCGGCAGCGUGGCCCCGGAGAUCAUCGACACUGUCAAUAUCGGGCAGGUCUAUGGGAUCAGUGGUUCAUCCGAUGGCGGACUAUCUCCCCGUCAUGCAGCGCUCAAAUCAGGCAUCCCGCAAGAAAAGCCAGCUCUUGGAAUAAGCCGCCUCUGUGGGUCUGGAUUCCAAGCUGUCGUGAACAGUGCACAGGACAUAAUUACUGGAGCUGCCAAUAUCUCCUUAGCAGGAGGCACAGAAAACAUGUCAACAGUACCCUUCGUCGUCAGGAACACUCGGUUCGGAGUUGGUUUAGGAGCAAAGAUGCCCUUCGAAGAUGUUCUAACAACUUCAUCUUUGGACACAUCCUGUAACUUCACCAUGCCUGAAACGGCUGAGAAUCUGGCUGAGAAGUAUGGUUUACAGAGGAUGGAGGUCGAUCAGUUUGCCCUGCAGUCACAGCAGAGGUGGAAAGCAGCGCAUGACCAAGGAGUGUUCAAAGCUGAGAUGACCCCCGUGACAGUGAAGGUCAAGCGACAGGAGAAGGUGGUGGAAGUAGACGAACACCCGCGCCCCGACACCACCACUGAAAUGCUAAGUAGACUGCCCGUGCUGUUCAGGAAGGGAGGUGUCGUUACUGCUGGUAACUCUUCGGGUGUCAACGAUGGUGCCGGAGCCCUGAUCCUGGCAACCGAGGAGUCUGUUAAGCAACAUGGCCUUAAGCCCCUGGUGAGACUGCUGGCGUGGUCUGUGGUAGGAGUGGACCCCUCUGUCAUGGGCAUUGGACCCGUGCCCGCUAUUCAAAACCUGCUCAGUGCUACCGGACUGAAACUUGAUGACAUCGAUCUGGUUGAGAUCAAUGAAGCUUUCGCAGCUCAGACUUUAGCGUGCGCUAAAGAACUGGGUCUCGAUCAGAGCAAACUGAACGUCAAUGGCGGAGCCAUCGCUAUGGGACACCCUGUUGGAGCUUCAGGCGCUAGGAUCACGGCCCAUCUUGCUCAUGAGCUCAGACGUCGCGGUCUUAAGAGAGGAAUUGGUUCAGCGUGCAUUGGAGGUGGACAAGGAAUCGCUCUGCUUCUUGAAACUGUUUAAUUUAAAGGUCUUCUACGUCAAAAUGAGUCAUUUGAAACGAUCUCCGAGCAAAAUUGUAAAUACGUAAUGAAAUAAAUGAACUGAACUAUUUUUGUUA